CGCAGCGCGGCGUCCGGUCUUCCUUCCGAGCGGUGGCGGCGGCGGCAGCAGCUGCCCUCUCGCCUGCUCGCCGUGAGUGACUCCUCAGCCGCCGCCCCCUAGCCGAGCCCCGCCGCCGAGCGAGCGAGCGAGCCCGCUGCUGCUGUUUCCCGCGCGCCGCGCUGAGGCGAGCUGGGCGCGGCCAGCCAUGCAAGCGCGGCGCCUGGCCAAGCGCUCCAGCCUGGGGAGCCGGCGCCUCAGCGCCUCGCCGUCGGCCGCGCAGCCGUUGCCCAAGCUCGACAACUCGUGGAGGCCGCCCCGGCGGGAGGGCUCGGCGGCCGCCCUCGAGGAGGAGGACGAAGAGGAAGACGUGGUGGUCGACGUGGAGGAGGACUACGACGCCGACGAGGCGGAGGCGGGUGGCGGCGGAGGAGCGGGAGGCAGCGGCAGCCCGCCGCCGCCGGCGGAGCACACCGGGCCGGGCAAGGGCCACGCGGCCGCCCGGGGGAGCCUCAAGGCAACCAGCAUAAAGCGUGAAAUGACCUUCGCAGCAUUUCAGCAGGAGGAGCUAAAAAGUGAUCUGAAUCAAAAACUGUCAGACCAACAUUUUUUUCUGUUGGCGAUGAAGGAAGAGGAUUCAAAAACAGCAGACACCAAAAAACCUGGCAGAGUCCAUGAGCAUGAGAAAGAAAGCACCCGCUCCAUCUGCCUUCUCGAGCAGAAACGCAAAGUUGUGUCUUCAAAUAUUGAUGUGCCUCCUGCAAGAAAAUCUUUGGAAGAACUGGAUAUGGAUAAAGUCACAGCAGCUAUGGUCCUAACCAGUUUAUCCACCAGCCCUUUGGUCCGCAGCCCUCCUGUCCGACCCAAUGAGUCCUUAAAUGGAUCUUGGAAGGAAGGAGGAUUCGUGCCUUCGAGUACCAGCAGCAGCGGGUAUUGGAGCUGGAGUGCUCCAAGCGACCAGUCAAACCCAUCCACCCCUUCGCCCCCUCUUUCUGCCGACAGCUUCAAACCAUUUCGACUGCCCUCCCAGACAGACGACGGCAUUGACGAAGCUGAAACUAGUAGUCUCCUCUUUGAUGAGCCCAUUCCUAGAAAGAGGAAGAAUUCCAUGAAGGUGAUGUUUAAAUGCCUUUGGAAAAACUGCGGAAAAGUACUGAGCACAGCCGUCGGUAUUCAGAAACACAUCCGGACCAUUCACCUUGGACGUGCGGGAGAGUCUGACUACAGUGAUGGAGAGGAAGAUUUUUACUACACAGAGAUACGCCUCAACACUGAUUCCGUAGCUGAUGGGUUAAGUAGCUUGUCUCCCGUCUCCCCGUCUCUAGCAUCUCCUCCUCCUUUUCCAUCACAAGAUGUGAGCAAAAGUGACCUGUCAUGUGCCAAAACAGAUGUGAAAGGGAUGACACCUCUAAGCCGCUCGGCUCCUACCAAUCUCUACCUCGUUCACUCUGACCAUGCUUACCAGGCCACAGCUCCUGUGAACAUUCCAGGAACAACAAAGUUCACUCCCAAUGGAAAUAGCUUUAGCAUCUCCUGGCAAUCACCCCCAGUUACCUUCACUGGCAUUCCAAUUUCACCAACUCACACACGUCCUGCAGGGAGUGGAGAGAAGAAGCAGCAGAUUCAGACCGUUCUGUCAUCCCCUCCUAGACUGUCAGUUGGCCUAAGAAAACCGAGAGGAGAGGGGAAGAAAUGUCGCAAAGUGUAUGGGAUGGAGAACAGAGAUAUGUGGUGCACAGCUUGUCGUUGGAAGAAGGCCUGCCAGAGGUUCAUUGACUAAAGCAUGGAAAAAACGAUGGAGGGGUAUGGAGUGAUUUAUGGCAGGAUUUUCUCGCUACAGCCAGGCUGUGUGAUUUUCUUCUUCUUUUUCUGUCCACUUCCUUCAGUGCUGGCUUCUACUUUGCACUCUAAGGUGAAGUAGUUAUACCCCAAGAGAAGGACUUCUUCGAAGCCAACAUGCAGCAAUAUAGUGCGAAUUAAACAAAAACAAAACCUUCAAAAAGUUUUGAAGCAGGAGCAGCUAUAUGUCUUUUUUUUUCUUUAAAAGAAAAAAAAGAAAAGAACUCUCUUUAAUAACCUUGAACAAUUUGCCUGCCGGGACCAUGUGUUUUUUCACACUGCAUUAUUGUCUGUGUUGUGAACUUUGGGAUGGGGAGGGUGGGGAAUCAAGUGAUACUUCUUUUCCUAAAAUGUUUAUGCACCACACAAAUGCAUAACAUAAGCUACAGUUUUCUCAAGAGCAGCUCUCCCAGGAGUGGUGAAUAAUUAUAAUGUGAGCAAGUCUUGAUUCAGAAGUGGGAAGUGUCCUUUAGAGGUACUAGGAUGCGGCUUUGCUGGAAAGACAAGCAUCCUUGUGAAGAAUCUUUUGUGAGAGGUCUCAAACCUGAAGCCCAAGCACAAGUCUUGUUUCUGUGCUAAAGGAGGAUACCUGGAGAGGGCAGGGGAAUCACCAGCACACCCAAACUAAAAAGUACAACCACAAGUGGGAAGGGAGCCAAUAACAUUAAACGACCUUUGGUUGAAAUAAGAAUAAGAACUUGGGUUCUAAUAUGAUCUUCCUAGAAGUGAUUGCAGGAAAAUUCUUUGUGCUAAAGGUCCUGUUAAGGAGAAGCAUGGGCAGCCAUGUGGACUUUUGUCAGCAUUUAUUCAGGGAUGUGACGAUCCAAACCAGCAGCUUCCUUCCCUGCCUUUUUAUAUGACAUUCUGAAAUGAACAGAUCAGUUAAAAUACAAGGCAUUAUUUCUGGGGGUAAAGGCUACAUGGAGGAAAACAGCUCAACAACAACUUCUUAAAUGCUUUCCAAUAAGUAAAAUAUGAGUGUAGCAUAGCAGUUAUAUGUGUAUAUAAAAAAAUCCUUAGAGGGUAAAGUUGUUUCAAGGUCAGAAAUAAAAGGUCUUCAAGCUGCCUUGCACUUUGAUAGGUCUUGGUGCUUUAGUGUAAUUUAGUAUUGGGGGGUGGGGUCCAUUAGAAGGCACAGAUUAUAUUAGUGGGGUGGUGGCUGAGCGAGCUUUUGAAAAUCAGUGGGGAAAAUGCAUACAGGUAGAUAGAAAUUGUUUGUCUGAGCAGGCCCUACUAAAACAAAAUGAGAUUGGUGCAAUAGCACAAUGGGGUACUUGUUCUUAAAACAUCCUGGUGGAUUUUGUCCUGUGAUAUUAACUCAGGUGGAAAAAGAAUGGUAUCCCAAGUUGGGAAAACAAGAGCAAGAAUGGGAGCCUAUGUGGAUGUCAGUCCAACUAUUGCAUGACUACAAGUCAUAGGCAAAUUUUAUUUUUUGUAAGACCACAGAUACUGGUGUCUACCGAUGGCUAUGGGGGGCAGCACAACGUUUAAUUGGAGCACAGAAUCUAUAGCUAGGGUUGGUCCUCAUGCAAACUUAAAAAAAAUAGCUUUAAUAAUAGGCCUCUUCCUUUGUAGGGUUCUGUACAGGUAAGCCUAAGAUUCCAAAACAAGCGUAUUUGGGAAACGACUGGGUUGCAUCAAUAGGGUUCUCCCAUGUAAGCAGUCCCAAAAGAAAUUCAAGCAGUUUUCUCUAACACCUCCAAAGAACACAGUCCUACAGAUCUUGAGCUGAUGCAGUCAGUCUUAACAGCUGCGGGAUAAGGAUCAUGCCCUCCUGGAGAUGUGGCAGUGAAAUAACAGAAGGCAUGAGUUCAAUACAAA